UUCUCGUGUGAUAGCUAUUCAUUGUGGUGAAAGUACGCAUUGAGAUAUAGCCGUUGACAUGUAUGCUUUCGUGAAGCGCGACUAACUCUCUCGUACAGACAUUCAACUCCGUGGAAAUCGGUCGCAAGUAAAUCUUAGUGCCUAUUCGAGAAAAAUACAUGGCUGAAACCUGAACCUAGAAUUCUUGUUUGAAUGACUACAUGUCAGUGAACUGGCAAUUCAUUACAUCUGGCGCCGGCACCUCCCGCUGUUGCCGCUAUCGGAUGUCUCACUUACGUAAUCUUAUUCUUCCGUCAUCCGACGGACCACCAUGUUGUUCCGUCCCGUCACCUCCCAUCGAUCAUCGCAAAACGACAUAACAAUCCAUGGACUGCAUGGAUUGCCCAAGGCCCGCUCUUCUCAUAUUUUGAACAUCACGCGCCUUUCCCAGUUAGCCCCGUCGAUUGUAUUUGCCUGCAUGACCACGGAUUCGCCGCCCCGGCCGCCUACGGAAAAGCGACGGAGGCUUGAGCGAGUCACAGCGGCAUGCAAUCUUUGCAAAAAACGCAAGGUGAAAUGCGAUGGGGAGCAACCGUGCGACUAUUGCGUUCGAAAGGAUUGCGCUGAUACUUGUACUUUCUCGGCAUCAAAGCGCGUUGGUGAGGCGGCUUCCAUCCGAUCUGCUACCAGUACGCCCAAUCACGCAGUUGAACAACGCGAAAAUGGGUCAAGACAAAGGGAUUACACGCCCCGCACCCCACGCAUAGCUUCUGAUAGGAGUGCAGUGGAUAGAGAUAGCAAUUCACACCAUCCAACACAACCUAGAGAGCCCGGAAGCUCUCUUUCACCUACGAUUAGCAGAGAUGAUCACCACGAAGAUACUGUAGUGCCUCGAGAAGGCCGAAUAUUGCGUGAUGCGCAGGGCAAAUUUAUCUUUAUUGGAGAUUGUGCUCCUCUAUCUUUCCUCCAGACUGUCAGACAUCUCAUCGCUUCAGAGGUGGAACCUGAAGGGCUGUCCACACAGAUCUCGCGAGACUCGAUCAUCGAGGGCUCCCGCUCAGAAUUCGACCAUCAACACCACGACAUAUCAGUUGCUAAUAUUGAUGUAACUUCGAUUGUUGAGGAAUAUCUAGUAGCGACCAGCGGCCUCGUCGACAUCUUCCGCAAGGAUGAUCUAUUCAACGAAAUGGAGGCCUGGGUUAGUGGACAAACUUCGCACUCCAAUGAUGCUGCAGCCGCGGCCUUCUUUCUUGUUCUCGCAAUUGGCUUACAAGAAAAAAAUCCCCGGAAAUCCGAAGCAUGGUCAAACCACGCGCGAAACCUACUGUUGAAGCAUAUGUGUAACAGUAUGAACGUAGCAACGGUCCAAGGAUUCGUUCUACUGACGAUCUAUAUGCUGCGAGCAUUUCAGCCAAACGGUGCCUACCUGUAUUUUUCAUUGGCGGCUCGUACUGCCUACGCCAUCGGCAUACACCGUACCGAAGUAAAUGCUUCAUUUGGACCGCCCAUCAAAGUUAUGCGUGAUAGUAUCUGGAAGAGUCUGCGGGUCAUUGACAUGCUCAUAAGCAGCAUCCUGGGUCGACCCCCCUGCACUUCUGACUCGGAUUGCACUGUUAAGUAUAAUGUGAAUGGGCAGCCUGACAGCGCAGCGAUCAACAUCUUGGAUGCCAGUGUUCAGCUUUUCACGAUUACGGAGCAAGUCGUAGUUCAGAUAUAUUCUAGGAAGCGCAUUUCCCUACGGAUAUCAGAUCAUGUAUCUCGCCAACUGAAAGGAUGGGCUUCAAAGUGGCUCGGCCCUUUGUCAACCAGCAUAACCCAUCCAGAACGCGUUUCCCGUGAUAUCAUCAUCGGAUCUUGUUCAACGCUUUGCUCCUACUACUAUGGUAUAAUGCUGCUCACGCGACCAUUCCUCAUAUACGAACUAUACGAAUUCAUGGGAGCUUCGAUGAAAGGCGGUGGCAGUCAGGUAGACCACGCAAAAAAGAGACAAUAUGCAGACGCGGCGCUCGAUGCCGCCGCCUCAUUUGUGGAGACUCUCCAGAACGUUGUGAUCAUACAUCGAAUGCCGCAAAGAAUGCCGCUUGUUGUCUCCUGGCUCUUCACGGCUUCUCUGGCACUUGCAGUUGGCAUAUUGGGCCGUUCAAACCUUGCAUUUGAGAGCAAUUGUGAAGCUUCAAUCCGAUGCUUAGAGCACUUUGGCGAGGUCGAUCCACAUGCGCGCCAGUAUUCAUUGAUCACUCGGUCAAUAUUACAAACUACGACAAGGCACGUCAAAAAGAGAGAGCAAAAGCUACGUGCACAAUACAAGCAAGCUUCUUCAAAUUUGUUUGGUAUGCUACCUCUUGAGCCUUCCCAUGGUUCAGAUGAACAACGCAAAGAGCAUCGUCCACCCGUGGUUUCGGUAGAACCUGAGCAGCCAGGUAGUACCGCCACUACCACCCCUUUUGACUGGACCAUCUACGACUCUGACUUUUCUACCCUGGCUUGGCCUUCAAACGAGUACGAUCAAGGUCUCCAGGAUUUUCUUCAACCAGGGACCUACAACUUUGACGGGGGCUCUGUAGCAGAUAUACCCUUGUUCCCUAUGUAUGACCAGCAGAUGGGAAUCGGUCAUGGCUGA